UACAGUCACGUGGAGCAGCAGGAGCAGCAGGAGCAGCAGGAGCAGCAGGAGGACUCGUGUCUGAGAGGAAGAAAGAAGAAGAAAGAGCAGAAAUGACCCAGUUAGACGGAGUAGUGAAACCCAAGACGAAGCGCUCCAAGCGUUUCCUGGAGAGCCGAGCCCCGAAGCUGGUGGAGGACGUGAAGAACGCCAUGAUCAUGAGAGGAGGGAACACGAGCCAGACGGUCAGCCAGGCGCUCAGGGACAUCUAUUCCCUGAAGAAGCCCAGUGCAGUGCUGUACAAGAAAAAGAACAUCACACGGCCGUUUGAAGACUCCACAUCACUGGAAUUCUUCUCUAAGAAGACAGACUGCUCUUUGUUCCUGUUCGGCUCCCACAACAAGAAACGACCCCACAACCUCAUCUUUGGUCGUCUGUUUGACUUCCACGUUCUGGAUAUGAUCGAACUUGGAAUUGAGAAGUUUGUGUCUCUGAGUGACAUCAAGAGCAGUAAAUGUCCUGAAGGAACCAAACCUCUGCUGGUGUUUGCUGGAGAAGCUUUUGACACAGACAACGACCACAAACGGUUGAAGAGUCUGCUCAUCGACUUCUUCCGAGGCCCCACAGUGUCGGCGGUGCGUCUGGCUGGUUGUGAACACGUUCUGCACUUCACAGCCCUGGAGGGGAAAAUAUACCUGCGCAGCUACAGGUGUCUCCUGAAGAAGUCUGGCUGCAGGACGCCCCGCAUCGAGCUGGAGGAGAUGGGUCCGUCUCUGGACCUGCUGCUGAGGAGAACUCACCUGGCUUCAGAAGACCUGUACAGGCUGGCCCACAGACAGCCCAGAGCCCUCAAGGCGAAGAAGAAGAAGAAUAUUUCCCAUGAUGCCUUUGGCACCAAGUUCGGCCGCGUCCACAUGCAGAAGCAGGAUCUGACCAAGCUGCAGACACGCAAGAUGAAGGGCCUGAGGAAGAGGAGGGGGGAGGUGCUGGCUGCAGACCAGGAGGAGGCGCAGGGACCCAAAGAGCCCAAAGAGCCUAAAGUAGAGAGCUGAGGAGCAGAGCACCUCCUGCACCUAUCCCUCACCUGUCCCUCACCUGUCCCUCACCUGCACCUGUCCCUCACCUGUCCCUGUCCCUUUCAUCACCUGUCCCUGUCCCUCACCUGUCCCUGUCCCUCACCUGUCCCUGUCCCUCACCUGUCCCUCACCUG